AUGAAAAGAAACUAUGGCGGAGUUCCGGUCGAUAUGACCCAUAAUUGGGGCAAGCCACCCCUGUCAUGCCUCCCAUGCCGGCAAAAAAAGCGUCGCUGCGACCGUAACCAACCCUGCUGGAACUGCGCUCAGAGGGGCAUCUCAUGUGAAUAUCCCGAGCAAAAUGGUGAUGGACGACAUGAGCGGACUGUCCCACUUGAAUCGAAUAAUGUCAAUACAAAUCGCCCAGCCGUGGGCACUGCGCCUCUGCCCGAGGGAUCGACGAGGAACGUCCAGAUGCUGGAUCGGAUUCAAAGACUGGAGGCUGCGGUAUUCAACCAGGCAAGUCGAGCGCUUGAAGGAGGGAGUACAGACCCUCAACUUGACGGCGUAGACAUGGAACAACAUACUGACGAGGGGCCUGUUGCUUCGCGAUUUGCAUCAUUUUCAUCACAUCCACCCUCUGUUUCCACUCCAUUCAUUUCAGCAGACGAGGCCUCUCGACACCUUCCUCCAAUAGGUGAAGCACGAAUGCUGUUCGACCACUUCGCCCUGACUAUGCAGCCGACCAUAGGCAUCCUGCACAUACCUUCUACUCGGGAUCUAAUGGAGGAAACGUAUCAGGGAAUUCUAUCUGGUGGAACGCCAGACCGGGCCCGUUUGAUCCUGCUGUUCGGCGCGUUUGCUGGCUCAGCACUGUCGUCCACUCCAAACCUAUUACAGGAGCUCAACUCAAGCCAAACCCAAGCAACAUCAGCAUAUAAAACAUACAUGCGGCUUUCUGUAUCACUACUUCAGGGUCUCGAGCCAAUUCCCACGUCAACGAUUGCUCUGGCAGCGAUGGCAAAUUUGUCACAUUUUGUUAACAACGAUGACGGCUAUUCCAUGGAAGGACAUUUAAUCAGAGCGCGUUGUUACUGGAUGGCACGCACAAUGGAAAUACACAAGCUCGACACGCCGAGGCGCCGCGCAGAACGGAAGGCAAAUGGAUUCGAUAUGGUAGAGGUCGAAGUACAACGGCGCGUCUGGUGGAGCCUGGUUGCGUCUGACUGGCUAUCAUCCUUCUCCGGCGGUAUCCAAGAAGGCGCGUACACAUAUCACCCGAACCACAUGUGCGUCGACUAUCCGACCUACAUGGACGACGACCUCAGCACAACAGAACCACCGCACCUUCAGCCCUCGCCCGCCCCGACUCCCACAGGGUACCUGGUCUACCGCUCCAAACUAGCAAAUCUCUGCCGGGAGGCCGUUGAUGCAAUGCGACCCGUAUCCCAAGACGGUCAAGAGGUCUGCUACGACGUCAUCCUAGGCCUCGACGCCAAGUUCCAAGACUUCCUCGAGCACCUCCCUGCCGUCUUCCACCUCGACCCAGAUAGUAUCCAACAAAGCGAGGCAUUAUGCAAGGAACGCCCGUACAUCGCAUGGCAGCGCACAAUGGGCCAUAUAUCAAUCCAUACCCGGCUCUGCCGUCUCCACCGCCCAUACCACCUGAAGGGGAUGACGGAUCCGAAGUACGAAUAUUCUCGACGGGUAUGUGUGCGCUCCGCGCAGAUCGUGCUUGACCUGCGCAGAUCAAUGGAUGAGUCCCGGGACACUGUGCCCGUUGGGCUGAGACCGUCGCGGUUCUGGGUUACUGUGCAGCAUGUUGCUCUUGCGGCGUUGACGCUUGCAACGGACGUCUCGUUUGAUGGCGCUGCGCCUGAUGCAGAGGUUAGGAAGGCAAAGGUGCUAGCGGCGUAUGAGACGCUGGAACGGUCGACGGAAGAACCGUGUGAAUUCAGAGAGGCGAUUAAGAAUAACUUGAGGACAUUGAUGUCGACGUUGAAUAAGGGGCAGUCGGCGGACAGCAAUCAAUCACAGUUGAUGAUGAACGACUCUUCGGUGUUCCCAGCUACGGAUUCCAUCUAUGCAACUACCGGAGACCAGACAGGCGGGUCCGCGCCGUGGGAUGAGAAUUGGGACCAGCUGUGGUCGGAGUUCCUGGCCGUUGCGCCGGAUCUGGAUUUUUCGCAGUGGGAUCAGUUACUGGACGGAUCAGAUACGUAG